GAAUGUAAACUAGUGAUAGGUGCUCAGUGGAAGUGAUGCAACCAGCGUGUGUAUAGCGCACCUGUGACCCGCACACGCGCACACCCACGGCACACGAGAGGGGGGCCGUAGGGUGGAGCAGGAGGAGCAGGAGGGAGCUGGCGUGGCGCGCGGAGCUGCUGCGGAACACAUUUCACGACUCGGUUGCAGAUGCACGUUGCUGAGAGUGAGAGCGAGGCGGGGGGUAAUGGCGACUUGUGAGGAACAUUCAGUGGUAGUGGCAGUAGUUGAAUCAGCGGGAGAAGAAGAAGGAGAAGACAAGGGAGACAGACAAGCUGCGGACGGACAGUAGGAGAAGCAGGAGGUAUGGAGGACUCGGAGCCCGCAGAGGACGGUUUGCUCGCGGGUUUACGCUGGAACAGGACCGCGAGGGACCAGGCUCAACUCAAACAUAAAAUCCGGGAUUUGCCGGGGUUACUCAAGCACGGACUGCACCUGCGGAAGAAAAGCCAAUCACCUGACACCAUCCCAGGGCCAAGCAGCGGACCCACUCUACACAAGUCCUGCUCCCAAAGUUUCCCCUGCGCUGGACGAGCCGUACGGAACGCCUUCCUCUCUCACGGACCGUACCCGGCCAAAGACAAGAUCCACCUGGCCAGAAUCAUACGGCGCAGCUAUGUGGGUGUGGAGCUGGUGCAGUGGCUGUGUGAGCAGUGUGUAUAUGUGCGCUGCCGGACCACCGCAGCGCGCGUCUGGCAGGUGCUGCUGGAGCUGGGGGUCCUGCUGUCUGUGGAUCAUCGUGUGGUGUUUUCUGACUCCAACACUUACUACCAGUUCAGUUUUGAAGAGUGCGACUCUUCGUCCUGUGAAUUUCGCUCCAAUGAGGCGGAGUGGCCAGAGGCGGUUCGGCUGCUCCUACAACUCGCUCCAUAUGUCCAGUUCCGAUCAGGGGGCGGGACAAACAGCCCGUCAGAGGAAGACUCUGAGGGCAACAGGGACAUCUGUGGUGAGAUUCUUCAGAUGAAAGCUCUAGAGAGACUUACAUCUACGGUACAAAGUGAAUUGGCUGCAGCUCUGGCUCGAAAGACUCGUAAAGCAUUAUCAGAGCAGGACUCUGACACGACCGAGACGAGCCACCAGGAGGCGCGGACUCCCAGUGAAGAGAGCAGCCCUCUGGGGGGCGUGUGCGCGUUACGGGACGGUGGCGGCGGCAGUGGUAUGGGGUCGAUGUGCGGGCGAGAGGAGUUGACGAGUCGCCUUGGACUGGAGGCUGUUCAACGCUUGGCCAAAGAUGGAUGUAGGCUGCUGCAGAACCACAACUACAAGCUGCCGGAGCGAAACCCAACAGACAAUGUGGGCCGGGUGUGUCUGAAGGAAAGGGGUCGUGACGUGCUGGUUUUGCGGCGCGUGACGUCAUCGGUGACAUCACCAUCGGACCGGCCCUCGCCCACCUCCACAGGCAACGGCUCCCGAGAAGACGACAGCAACAAGAGGUAUGUGGUGGUGUCAGGAACGCCGCUCAAAAUCCUGGAGCAUCUUCUCAGCGACCUGCGGCUGGACGACCAGAGAGGAGCCCCGGAGAAUAGAGAGAGCGAGAUGCUGCUGGAUGACUUCCUGUUGACUUACCUUGUGUUCAUGUCCACACCGGACCUCUGCCAAGCACUAUUGGGACACUACAGCAGUGCCCGCUGCAGGGGACAGGAGGAGGGCAAGGACGCCCUCUUCAGGAAGCGCAAAGUGCUACAGCUGGUCUCGCACUGGAGCAGGCUUUAUAAGGACUUCCUCAAAGAGGAGGAGCAUGUCCGCAGCUUCUUGAAGACACUGUACAGAUGUGUUUUGGAAGACUUGUACGAGUUUCCCACUCUGGAGAAAGACCUGAAAGAGUUCCAGAAGCUUCUCCGCCGAAGACACACAGUAGACGAUUGUCCUCCAAACCAAAAGAGUAAACAAAUGUACCAACAACUGAGUUUAAAAGAAAACAGUUUGCAUCACCGAAGUCCUCCGAUCGAAAACAGAGAGGUGAUUUGCUGUGUGUAUGUGAGCCCCGACUCCUACUUAAGCAUCCAAACACACCCUUUGCUUGAGGCUCACGAGCUGCUGAGGAUCGUCUCAUUGAAGCUGGACCGCGCAGACGAGGAGAUGGUGCUGGCGGUGGUGUCACACAGUGGAGAGCGAAGAGUGUUACAGCCCAGUGACUGCGUCUACUCAGAGUCCUUAACCCCACAGGGGAAACUGGUGGCCUGCCGCAGGAGUCUCACUGAAAUACUGCCUCCACUGACAGACUGCACUGAGCUCAGCAGGAGGCCCGUGCGUCUCUUGGGUAUCAAUACAUGGGACGUGGCAACUGCUCUAACUCACCUAGACUGGACCCUCUUCAAAUCUAUUCAUGAGCAGGAGCUGGUGUACUACACUCUACGUCGCGGUCCUGGUUCUGGCCACACGGCAGCGCUGUCCGUCUUGCUGCAGCGCUGUAAUGAGGUUCAGCAGUGGGUCAUGUCUGAAGUCUUGAUGUGUGUGUCACUCAAUAAGAGAGUCCAGCUGCUCAAGAAGUUUAUAAAAAUCGCCGCUCACUGUAAAGCCCAAAGAAACCUAAACUCUGCGUUUGCCAUCAUUAUGGGACUGAACACAGCAGCUGUCAGUCGACUCAACCAAACCUGGGAGAAAUGUCCUGGGAAGUUUAAGAAGCUUUUCUCUGAGUUGGAGCUUAUUACGGAUCCAUCCCUUAACCACAAAGCCUAUCGAGAUUCCUUCAAGAGGAUGAAACCUCCGAAGAUUCCCUUCAUGCCACUUCUUUUAAAAGACAUCACCUUUAUCCAUGAGGGGAAUAAAACCUUUCAUGACAACCUGGUCAACUUUGAGAAACUGCAUAUGAUUGCAGACACGGUGAGAAUGAUACGCCACUGUCAAAGCGACCAGCCAGGUAAUGAGGUCAUCGGCAUGGACAGCCCAGAGGUGAGGGCCAGCGUUCAGUAUCUACACAUUAUUGACAAUCAACAGACGCUAUUCGAGCUCUCGCACAAACUGGAGCCUCGUGCCUGAUCGCCCCUUAUAAAAAAGCAAGGGCGCCGCAUUACCGGCCGCCUGUGGGUGUGACAAAGGACGCUUCACGGGGCAAUAUGGAAAGUCCCACUACCAGCAGAGUUGCCAAGCAGACAAUGGGAAGACUAUUGUUGUAUCUGAAGGCUUAAUAACACUAGAAGAAAAUAGACUGAAAAAUAUAAAUAUGCUGUGUCUAUUGUCAACAAAAAGAAAUUCUGCACAGCCACAGAUUUUUGCCAAAAAGAAGAAAAAAAAAUCUAAAAUCGUGUAAUUCCUUUGUACAGUAUCUUUUUGACUGAAUAGGCCAUUGUUUUGUGCAUUUGUGACUUAUUUAUUUAGUCUGUUCUGCAGCUGAAUACUUUUUUGUUUUUCUUUUUUUUUAAGUGUCGUCACUGUUCAAAGGCCCAGCCAUUUUUCAAUUGUAAAUGCUUAACUCCUGCCAGUCGGGAUUUUGAUGUUUGUGUUAGUUGAGAUCACCAUAUCUGCAGUGCACCAAAUCUACUAUUCUUAGGGUCAGUUUAUACCACGAACGAUCCCUUUUACCACUAUUUUGAAUACUAGUUUACAACAUUGUUGAAACACACGCUGAUAAUCUGUAAUCCCUCAGUCAUCCAGGUAUGAUCCAUAGCUUCUCCCUUCAGAUAGAUAUAAAGUAGUGUCCACCAGCAAUCUGACCUGAAAUGAAGAGCAGCGAAACAUCUUCACCCCAAAACUUGUCCAGUUUACAGAAUUUACUUUUUCUUUUGCAACAUGCUGAUAAUCUAACCAAAAGAACAAUUACACAUUUUGCUACUAUAGACAUGCUUGCUAUCAAAGAAUAAAAAAAACAAAACAAGUUAUAGUGAUUAUGAUCUGUUCUCCUUUUUACUUCUUUGCAUUAUUUCUUCGCAGUGGUUCAAGAGUUUAUGCAGUAAUUUACAGUUUUGGGCAUAAUAUGAACCUGAAAAAUGUCAGUUUUGCUUGGUUUCUGUUCACUAACCUAAUCCCCACCCCGUAUUGUGCCAAUGUUCUGCUGCUUCAACAUAUGUAGCUACUAUGUUUUAGUUUUUUAUAUUUUUCCUUUUUACAACACAGUCUGUCUCAAGACGAUAUGAAGAGUGAAUGUGCAAUACAGGAAUAUGUUUUAUGAUCACUACUAUUUUCGUAAACCGUUCAAAACGUAGAGCCAUUUUCUUUGUAAAUUAUGUUGACAGUUGAGAUAUUUCAUUGGUGCCGAAAACGUUGCGUUUUACAGUGUUAUGAGCAAGAUUUCAUUUAUGGGCUCAAUACAGUAGCUUCUGUUUACUUUUCACAGGCCAAUUACUCCAUUAAGUUACAAACCUACAUAACAAAGUAAAGACACUCAAGUAACUUAAAGUACAUGACCGUACAUUUGUAUUCAGAGCUUCAUGAACGCAUUUGUAACUUUUUAUUUAUUGUAAUAUGUUUAUUUAAGUGGCAAGUUGUCUAGAUUUCUAUGCCAUGUUUGAUGCUUUUUAUCAUGCAGGAGUGAACCAGCCAAAAGGUCCAUCUUGUAGAAGCCAUUGUCAUGUGUAAAGUUACUUUUUUUAAUGCAAUGUUGUUUUAAAGCUGUUCGCAUGAUAAAGAAAACACAGUGUCUACUGAUUGAGAGAGGACAUAAUGAAGGCUUUGUACUACUGUAAUAUUCAUGUGUAAAUAAACCCUCAGUUAUGUUAUUUAUCUGUUGUACACGGAAAAAUGUUGACGACAAAGCAAUAUGUUCCCCUUGUGUCCCUCCACCUGGUUUUCUAAAUGCAGCAUUUUACUAUGUGAAAAUUUUACUGAAAAUUAAUAAAUUAUAGGUUUUAUGUGACAAUGGCAGAAA